UGCUACGCUCACACACAGGUCGCGCAGGCGCAGUGGGAGCCCAUGCUUGAGGCAGCAUGGCGGCUGGUGAGGCGGCGGAGAGAAGUAACCUGGCUGGGGUUCAGCACAUCCUUCUGGUGCUCUCAGGAAAAGGAGGUGUGGGAAAAAGCACCAUCUCUACUGAGUUGGCUUUAGCUUUACAGCAUGCUGGGAAAAAGGUGGGGAUCCUCGAUGUUGACCUAUGUGGCCCCAGCAUCCCUCGAAUGCUCAAAGUCCAGGGCAAGGGUGUGCAUCAGUGUGACAGUGGCUGGGUGCCUGUCUUUGUAGACCAGGACAAAAGCAUUUCCCUCAUGUCGAUUGGGUUCUUGCUGGAGAAGCCAGAUGAUGCUGUGGUGUGGAGAGGACCCAAGAAAAAUGCUUUGAUAAAGCAAUUUAUCUCUGAUGUAACCUGGGGAGAACUCGAUUUCCUCAUUGUGGAUACACCUCCGGGGACCUCAGAUGAGCACAUUUCUACAGUGGAAUCCCUUCGCCAGUACAUGCCCCUUGGGGCAGUCUUGGUCACAACACCACAGGCAGUGUCUAUAGGGGAUGUCAGGCGAGAGUUGACGUUCUGCAAGAAGACAGGCUUACGAGUGAUCGGGAUUGUAGAAAACAUGAGUGGUUUCGUCUGCCCACACUGCUUGGAGUGCACAAAUAUCUUUUCCAAAGGGGGUGGUGAAGAGCUGGCCAGGCAUGCCAGAGUCCCAUUCCUAGGCUGUGUUCCUCUUGAUCCCCAGCUCGCCCAGUGCUUGGAGGAGGGCAGAGAUUUCAUCCGGGAGUUUCCUAAGAGCUCUGCUUUCCCUGCCCUUGCUCACAUCGCCCAGCAGAUCUUGGACAGGACAUCCUCUCAGAGCUCCUGAGCUGUUUCUAAGGCAGGACUCUUUCUGGCCACCUCUUUGCUGCGCUGUGAGCCAUGGACCAGGCUAUUUUCAGGAUGGGGAGAGGAGGUCCUGGGAAAGGGAAGUGACAGUCUCACUAUUAAAGCACUGAGGAAACCUUGUGAGAGUUUACUAUUGCUCAAAGGGGGAGUGUACAUUUGCAACACUCUUUGCCUUUUGAGCAGAUGGGCAUGAUGAUCAUCCUGGACUAGGAAGUUGGGGGGGGGGGGGGAAUAGGUGGUGCAGCUUUUACUAGCCACACAGAAAUUUUCAUCUGUCCGUGAACUCUUGCUAAAUUUGUGUAUUGUGAAGAUGGCCACCCCAUCCACCAUGAUGUUCCUACUUGUUUUUGCAGUGUAUCAAUCACUGCAGUAUUCUUGGCAAUGUAAAUUGUAGGUAGCUGUUGGCCUCUGUGGCUGAUGAUGAUUCAGGACAGAAAACCCUUCCCUUAUUGAAACGAAUAGCACCAGCAAUCUCCUCCUCCUCACCCCCCCCCCAAAAAAAACUCCUGAUGCUGCUACCUUCCUUCAUUUACUUUCCUAGCAGUACUUGCAGUUCACAGUGACCUUGAAUAGGCUUCAUGCCAGACCCUCUGAUCCUGGGUCCUCCUUAUAUCGUCGUACUCUGAAGCUUUAAGUAGAUGGUACAGAAUAUGCCUAUGAAAAGCGUCAAAUCCAUGCAGCAACUCUGAAGUCUGAUUACUAAAUCUGUCUUAUCAUGCCUACCUAAGGAACACACCAUAUUUUGCCUCCCCGAAGCCACGUUUAUACUCAUGUAGAAAUUUGAAUUAAGACAAACAACUCCAGCUAUGUUAAUUGUUUAGCUGGAGUCAACAUGCCUUAAUUUGAACUUUGUCGCCAUCUCCACAGCAGGAGCUUGACAUGAUCUCCCAUUAACUUUCCUUACUCCUCGCAAUUUGAGGAGUACCCCAACAUGGAUAGUACUCGACUUAGUGGGUCUUUACUAGAUCUGCUAAAUCGAAUGCUGGAAGAUCAAUCUCUGGAGCGUCAAUCUCUGCGUAAGUAUAGACGUGACCUGAGAGGUGUCAGGGCUCAGGAAUCUUUGUAACAGCUCUGGACAUUAAAUAAUGUUUUCUUACCAUC